GCGCCCUGCCCCGCACCGCCGCGCCCCGUGUCAAUCAGGGCGCGCGACCAGCCGGCCGAGCGCGAUUGGCUGCGGCGGCUCCGGAAGUGGCGUGAGGCUGUGGCGCGCGGCCGGGGCGCGCGGCGCGGCUCCGCGUGCGGCAGGUGGGUGAGGGGGCGCUCCUGGCAUCCCGGCCUCUCCCAGCGCCCUUUUCUUCGGGACAGCAGGGAUACCGCCCCACCGGGCUCCGCGCCACACGUUGGGGUGCCAGGCCCGGUCCUCGUAGCGCUCUAAUUCCCGAGGCUGUUGGCGUCUCCUCGCCCCCCGCCACCAUGUUUGUCCUGGUGGAGAUGACUGACACUGUAAGAAUUCCUCCCUGGCAAUUUGAAAGGAAACUGAACGAAUCCAUUGCUGAAGAGCUAAACAAGAAAUUGGCCAAUAAGGUUGUAUACAACGUUGGGCUCUGCAUCUGUCUAUAUGAUAUCACAAAGCUGGAAGAUUCAUACAUAUUUCCUGGGGAUGGUGCAUCACAUACCAAAGUGCAUUUCCGCUAUGUGGUCUUCCAUCCUUUCCUGGAUGAGAUUCUGGUUGGACAGAUUAAAAGCUGCAGUCAGGAUGGCGUCCAUGUUUCUAUUGGGUUCUUUGAUGAUAUUGUCAUCCCACCAGAAUCCCUGCAGCAGCCAGCUAAGUUUGAUGAAGCAGAGCAGGUGUGGGUGUGGGAAUAUGAGACAGAAGAAGGGGCCCAUGACCUUUACAUGGACACUGGGGAAGAGAUCCGCUUCCGAGUUGUGGAUGAGACAUUUGUUGAUACGUCACCGACUGGUCCAAGCUCGGCAGAGGCUUCCACUUCAAAUGCCGCAGAAGAAGUCCAGAAGAAAGAAGCACCCUACGCUCUUGUGGGAUCAAUCAGCGAACCAGGUCUGGGCCUCCUGUCAUGGUGGACAAACAGUUAGCUGCCAUCAGAGUCUGCUCCACAGAAAGUCUUUCCGGUGAAUAUUUGGGGAAUAAUGGGACCCUGCUGAUGCUUAUUGCUGCUCUGAAGCUGAAUAAGGAAUUAGACUUGCCAUUCUGUUUUCCCUUUAGCUUCCAAGCUGCCAGAGAGAGACAGUUGCUUUCAAGAAACAUCUUCACUGAUGUGUAGAAAUGAAUUUACAGGCACAAAAAACCUUGAGCACGGCAGCUACAAACUCAGCUGGAGCUUUGGUUUCCUGCCCUGGAGGGAAAAUUGUGGAGAUCUUUGCUUGCCUGAAUUAUAAGGAAGGCAUUGACUUCAGUGAGAAAAAGCAGAAGAGAAUACCUAUCGAGAAGUACUGCUCCUUAGGCUAGGAGCUUGAUCUGAGAGGAGUAGAAAGCUGCCCUUCUUUUGACAGGAAAUGAAGAGACAGCAAAAGGCUAGAGUUAGUAGAGGUGUGGUCCUCUGGAGACCUGGAAAAUGCUGCUGCUGGGAGAGCAGGGGAGGUAGUGGUGAUGUUCUGCUAAGAAUGGGAAUUUCACCCAUGGAUGAAGUCAGCCAGAAAGAACAGGGAAUGACUUUUACCCAAAAGUACCUCAGGCUUAGUGAAGAUGUGGAAAACUACAGGUUGCUUAUUGUGCUGAAUGGAAUGACUUUUUUGGGUGGGCUGCAUUUAUGCAGAAUAAGCUAAACUUAGCAGGAAUUUGACUGAAAAUAUGAAAUUAUGGACUGAAAUGAACCAAGGCUAUUUUGAGCAAGUUAUCCUUGUUUGUGGGGGGUGUUAAUACUGUAAGUGGAAUAAAUAGUAAAAACCACA